CAUAUGAUAUCAGAGCACAAGCUCUGUUCUGGAAAACCAUAUUGCCAAUCCUAUUUCUCGAAAAUGCGGAAGAGGGUUGCGGGUUUUGUUGUUAGCAGAAGAAACGUUCCUGGAGGUCAGGUCGGAUGGAGGCUUGAGUUUGAGCGAGAGAUCAAAGAUGCCCAGUUUGUGCAUCCUCUCCCUGUUCUCUUUGAUCCUCCGCUUCCUCUGCGUCUCAUAUCCACCGGUUUUAUCCCCGACUGUUCCUCCCCCUCUCUUCCUCUUCCUCGACAUUGCUGGGCUGCCGCUUUCUCUUUUCCCCCGAAGUGAAACAGAGGAUGUUUGAACUUUGAACUUUAAACUUCGAAGAGACAGAGGGCGGGAACAAUAUAAAGUCAAGGACCAAAUGACGCUAGAGUGCUUAACCAAUUGGGUAAGGACAAGUCAUCAAUUUACAGUAAAGAUUAGAGUUGUGU